UAAAAAAUCCCCCUUUCUUCUCCCCCCGACUCCCUCUUCCUUCUCUCUCGCCCGAUAAGAACCCCUCCCCCCAGCCGCCGCCGCCGCAGCCGCCGCCAGCGUCGCCGCGGUCGCUGCUUCUAGGGUUGCGCCUUCUCGCGCCGCCUCCGGAGCCUUCCCUGCUCCCCACGAUCCCCGCUGCCUCCCCAAGCUUCCUUCACCUUCUCACUCCAACCGCUGCCGCUAUGGCGGAGAAGCUCAGGGAUCUGAGCCAGCCGAUAGACGUGACGCUCCUCGACGCCACGGUCGCCGCCUUCUACGGCACCGGAUCUAAGGAGGAGAGGAGCGCCGCUGAUCAGAUACUACGUGAUCUACAAAAUAACCCAGACAUGUGGCUACAAGUUGUGCACAUUCUGCAGAAUUCCCAGAAUCUCAACACCAAGUUCUUUGCACUGCAAGUACUUGAAAGUGUUAUCAAGUACAGGUGGAAUGCAUUGCCUGUUGAACAACGUGAUGGCAUAAAGAAUUACAUAUCCGAUGUUAUUGUGCAGCUUUCCAGCAAUGAAGUUACCUUUCGUCAGGAGAGGCUUUACGUCAAUAAACUCAAUAUUAUUUUGGUGCAGGUCCUGAAACAUGAGUGGCCUUCUAGAUGGUCAUCCUUCAUACCUGAUCUUGUUGCAGCUGCAAAGAGUAGUGAAACUAUAUGUGAAAAUUGCAUGGCUAUAUUGAAGCUUCUAAGCGAAGAAAUUUUUGACUUCUCAAGAGGUGAAAUGACACAACAAAAGAUCAAAGAACUGAAGUCUUCACUUAAUAGUGAAUUCCGGCUCAUUCAUGAGCUAUGUUUGUAUGUCCUAUCUGCAACGCAAAGGCCAGAGCUCAUCCGUGCUACAUUGGCGACACUCCAUGCUUUCUUAUCAUGGAUCCCCGUUGGAUUCAUCUUCGAGUCACCAUUGCUGGAGACAUUACUGAAGUUCUUCCCUAUGGCUGCUUAUCGGAAUCUUACACUUCAAUGCCUGACAGAGGUCGCAGCUCUUCAAUUUGGUGAUUUUUAUAAUGUGCAGUAUGUGAAGAUGUAUACAUUUUUCAUGAUUCAGUUGCAGGCUAUUCUCCCUCCUGAAAAAAUCCCAGACGCAUAUGCUAAUGGUUCCACUGAAGAGCAGGCGUUUAUACAAAAUCUCGCACUCUUCUUCACAUCCUUCUUUAAGAAUCACAUGCGUAUACUGGAAAUAACUCAAGAAAAUGCUGCUGCUUUGCUUAUGGGUCUCGAGUACCUUAUUGGAAUUUCAUAUGUUGAUGAUACAGAGGUUUUUAAGGUCUGCUUGGAUUACUGGAAUGUGUUUGUCUUAGAGUUAUUUGAAGCACACAACCAAAUGGAACCUGCAGCAACUGUAAGCAUGAUGGGGCUUCAGGCACAGAUGGUUCCUGGAAUGGUAGAUGGGACCGGCACUGCUGUUCAACAGAGGAGACAGCUUUACUCUGGUCCACUCUCAAAACUACGGAUGCUGAUGAUUUGUCGAAUGGCAAAGCCUGAGGAAGUACUUAUUGUUGAAGACGAAAAUGGCAAUAUUGUACGUGAGACAAUGAAGGACAACGAUGUUCUUGUUCAGUACAAGAUCAUGAGGGAAACAUUGAUCUAUUUAUCUCAUCUUGAUCAUGAGGAUACAGAGCAACAGAUGUUGAAGAAACUAAGCAAGCAAUUAAAUGGAGAAGACUGGAGUUGGAAUAAUCUUAAUACUCUCUGUUGGGCCAUUGGAUCAAUAUCAGGCUCUAUGGUAGAGGAGCAGGAGAAUAGAUUUCUGGUUAUGGUUAUCCGUGAUUUGCUAAACCUCUGUGAAAUCACAAAGGGAAAAGACAAUAAAGCUGUGAUUGCAAGUAACAUCAUGUAUGUUGUUGGUCAGUAUCCAAGAUUUCUCAGAGCUCAUUGGAAGUUUUUGAAAACCGUGGUCAACAAAUUGUUUGAGUUCAUGCAUGAGAUGCAUCCUGGAGUUCAGGAUAUGGCAUGUGAUACCUUCUUGAAAAUUGUUCAAAAAUGCAAGCGCAAAUUUGUGACGCAACAGGUGGGCGAGAAUGAACCAUUUGUUUCUGAACUUCUGUCCAACCUUGCUACAACAAUUGCUGAUCUUGAGCCACAUCAGAUUCACACGUUUUACGAAUCAGUUGGCCAUAUGAUUCAAGCUGAAUCUGACAACACUAAGAGGGAUGAAUACCUCAAGAGAUUGAUGAGCCUUCCUAAUCAGAAGUGGGCAGAAAUAAUUGGACAGGCAAGCCAAAGCAUUGAUAUCCUGAAGAACCAAGAUGUUAUCAGAUCAGUUCUCAACAUCCUACAGACAAACACAAGUGUUGCGAGUUCCCUUGGGCCACACUUCUUCCCACAGAUUUCGCUAAUUUUCUUGGACAUGCUUACAGUCUACAGAAUGUACAGCGAGCUUGUAUCAAGCACGAUUGCUGAAGGAGGACCCUUUGCCUCAAGGACAUCAUUUGUAAAACUCUUGAGAUCUGUCAAGAGGGAAACCCUAAAGUUGAUCGAGACUUUUGUGGAUAAGGCAGAAGAUUUACCACAUAUAGGAAAGCAGUUUGUUCCACCAAUGAUGGAUCCCGUACUUGGUGAUUAUGCUAGAAAUGUACCUGAUGCAAGGGAGUCUGAAGUUCUGUCGUUGUUUGCAACAAUCAUUAACAAGUACAAAGGGGAAAUGCUUGAGGAUGUACCUCGUAUAUUUGAGGCUGUUUUCCAGUGCACUCUUGAGAUGAUUACUAAGAACUUUGAAGAUUAUCCUGAGCACCGCCUCAAAUUUUUUUCUUUGCUUCGCGCAAUUGGUACUCAUUGCUUCCAAGCAUUAAUCCAGCUUUCAAGUCCGCAAUUGAAGCUCGUGAUUGAUUCGAUUAAUUGGGCAUUCAGACAUACAGAGAGAAAUAUUGCAGAGACUGGCCUUAGUCUAUUGUUGGAAAUUUUGAAAAAUUUUCAGGCUUCAGGAUUCCAAAAUCAAUUCUACAAAACUUACUUUUUAACAAUUGAGCAAGAGAUUUUUGCAGUUCUCACAGACACAUUCCACAAACCUGGUUUCAAGCUCCAUGUUUUGGUGCUGCAACACUUAUUUUGUGUGGUUGAUGGUCUAACGGAGCCUCUAUGGGAUGCUUCUUCAGUACCAUAUCAAUAUACAGACAAUGCCAUGUUUGUUCGAGAUUACACCAUAAAACUCUUAGGAACAUCAUUCCCUAACAUGACAGUAACCGAGGUGACCAAGUUUGUAGAUGGCCUUCUUAGUUCAAAACAUGAUCUUCCAAGUUUCAAAAACCAUAUUAGAGACUUCCUGGUGCAGUCGAAGGAGUUCUCAGCUCAGGAUAACAAGGAUCUAUACGCGGAAGAGGCUGCUGCCCAAAGAGAAAGGGAGCGCCAACGAAUGCUUGCCAUUCCAGGGCUCAUUGCCCCUAGCGAAUUGCAAGACGAGAUGGUAGAUUCAUAGUGUUUCUUGUCGAUUCAGCUUUCGCUAAUGUAGCUUCCUGUUUGUUGGUCUGGCCUCGGAAUGCCUCUGGAGCCCUCGACUUCCAAGUGCCCGAGUUUUCUUACAGGGUGGUGAAAGAAGGUGCCUGCUGUAAUUUUAUUUUUGGUUACCUCCACAUGACGCUGAUUCCAAGAUUUGUGGUAGUAGACUUGGGAACGGACUAGUCAGUUUUGCCGCAGGAGGUGUCUGGGACUGUUGCUGGGUCUCAGCAGCUGUGCUUGACUGGAUGUGUUAGCAGCGGCUCUUGUGCUCAGUGUAUUUGGCUAACAUUGGUGCGUGUGCUUUGCCCAUGAUAUAUCGUGGUACAGCAUUGUAUGCUUCUUUAGUUGAAGUUUAUAGAUGGAUGGAGAUUUCUGUAUCCGGACACUAUCCAAAGCUGAUAGGAACCUUGUUAUAUCUGUAGUUUACUAUUCUGUGA